AUGGCGGAGUUUUUAACGUCUCCCGUUGAGCUCAUCUGGAAGAUUUGCUAUUUUAUUUCCCCUCCUGAUGAGGAAAACACAAGAUCGCACGACUGGCCGGAUUGCUCCGACGGCCUGGCCGGCCUUAACGCCCUCUCUCAAACCUGCCGCCGAUUCCAAGUUAUCGUCAACCCGAUUCUUUACGCUCGCGGGGUUCAUUGUCAUCAUGCGCUACCCCUGGCAUGGGCUGCGGCCAAGGGAAACCAAGGGACACUCAACAAAGCUCUGGCAGCCGGUGCUGAUGUCAACCACCAGUUUGUUGUCCCAAUGUCCCCCCAAUUGUGGGAGAUCAUUGUGGACGCUCGUGAAGCUGCCACCCACUUGGCAAACACAGACCCGCACCACUGGCCGUCCAUCUCCAAAACUCGGCUCAAGACGUUGAACGAUAACGACAGACUGCGUGCGGAAGCCGCGACAGCUGACCUCAGUACGCUGGAAGUGUUCCCCGUCGACAUCAACGGCUCAGUUGGUGUCAGGUACCUUGACCCAUUCGACCCGAACAACAACAACCUAGCAGACCACAGGUGGUACAUCCGCAAGUACAUGGCCCUGCACCUCACUGUGAGCGCCGGGCACGUUCACAUCAUCAAUAGCCUUCUCGGCCAUGGGGCCGGCAUCGACACCCCUGCAAAUCUACUUUGUCGCUGCGUUCAUCUCCGUAGCUUUAUUACCAACACUUCAAACCCCCACGGAUAA